UCAGAGCCACCUCAGCCACCACCACUGCAGCCUCAGCCGCCAAUACCGAGUGAGGUCAGUGAAAUGGAGCACACAUGGGAGGCCUUAGAAGAGCCAGAGGACAGCAGCUCCAGGACGGCUGAGACCUCAGAGCCACCUCAGCCACCACCACUGCAGCCUCAGCCGCCAAUACCGAGUGAGGUCAGUGAAAUGGAGCACACAUGGGAGGCCUUAGAAGAGCCAGAGGACAGCAGCUCCAGGACGGCUGAGACCUCAGAGCCACCUCAGCCACCACCACUGCAGCCUCAGCCGCCAAUACCGAGUGAGGUCAGUGAAAUGGAGCACACAUGGGAGGCCUUAGAAGAGCCAGAGGACAGCAGCUCCAGGACGGCUGAGACCUCAGAGCCACCACCAGCUCAUGUUCCUGGGGAUGCGGCAAGCAAAACUGAAGUCACACCGGAGGCGUGCCUGACCUUACAGGAGAGGGAGGAAAGCAGCGAGUCGGAUGAAGAGGAGCAAAAAGUUGUAAAGAAUCCUUCUAAGAAGUUGCUGAAGCCAAGGAGGCUUUAUGAGUACCAUGGUCCUCUCUACCACCAAUCAACAACAUCAGCACAUGGGUCCCAGCCAAUGACAACGCGGCCACAGCCACAACCGCAGCCGCAGCCACAGCCACAGCCGCCAUCGCCAUCACCAUCACCACCAAGUGAAGGCAAUUUAAGCAAGACGGAGGACACAGAGGAGACUGACACCCCAGAUGAUUCGGACGACAGCACGUGGUCACCUGAUGAGUCAGAAGAAGGGUUGACAGCUGAUGAUGCACAAGAAGUGCUGCAGAGUCCUCUCAAAAAGUCACGCCGGAAGAGUGGUUAUUGCCUGCCCAAAGUGAGGAGUCCCAGUUCAUCAAAAACUAAAAGGAGGGUUUUAACGUACCCAGAUGACCUCAAAGAUGAUAUCCGGAGACUGUUCCGUGAUGUGUGGAGUGACACCAUAACCGUUAGAAUGAUGAAUGCUGUUCUCAACAGAGAGCCAGCGCUUCUGCAGAAAUGCCAAAAACUGAAGUUGACUAUACACAAUUUACGUGGUCUUGUUCUAAAAUUGCAGGCAGAGUGAUUUUUAAAUUUUGUUUAUGGAAUAUCUUUUUGGCAGCUGUUUUUAUAUUGCUUUUGUGUAUGUUUUCUUGUUUCAUGUUAAUAUUAUGUUUAUUUCAUAUUCAUUUCAUUGUGGUGUGACUUAUCAAAUAUGUUGAACAUGUUUGUGUUGAAUUUAAUAAAUGUUGAAUACUUUGAAUUUAA